AUGUAUGAGAGACUGAACGCGGCUACCCUUCUCCAACACACAACAGCCAAGCCCUUCCUAUACAAAGCGCCAGAUUACAAAUGUUUCUAUUGCUUAAAAACCUUCUAUACUGUUGCCUCGGUCCUUGAACACACAGACGAACAUCCCGCACCCGAUCGACCAAAACUCCUGAAGAGUAUAAAAGGCACCAGCGGCGUCAAAGUAGAUAUAUCUAACCUCAGAUGUAGGUUAUGCGGUGAUCCGUAUUCAGACCUCGUUGACAUAAAGAGUCAUUUAAUAGAAAUUCAUGGUAAAGAAUUCUAUAACGCCAACAACGGCCUGGUACCUUACGACUUGAAGGAGAAGAACGGUGUGCUAUCUUGCUAUAAGUGCAAGAAAACUUUCAACUCCUUCUUCAUUCUGAACACUCAUAUGAACGAACAUUCGACGGUAGUUUGCGAGACUUGUGGCCUUGGGUUCAUGUCGAAACAGCGUCUGCUCAACCACAUGAUCGUGCAUCAGACAGGGGCGUUCAAGUGCAGAGUGUGCGACGAAGUCUUUCCGACUAAACUGAAGUUGAGAUAUCAUGCCAAUAGGAAACAUGACUUUAGUGAGAAGAGAAUUAAACGCUUGAAGUGUCCUCACUGUUUGGAGCGGUUUUCUGAACACUAUCGGAAGAUGACGCAUUUGAAAGAGGUCCACAGCAUUGUCUUUGCUUUUGACUGUCAAAUAUGUGAGGCCAGAUUGCCCACGCGCAAGGCCCUGACGCAGCACACGACGAAACUACAUACUCUCAGUAUACAGUGCAAGAUAUGUAAUAAAUGCUUUGGCAAUAAUUCGGUGUUGAAGUUGCAUAUGAUGAGUCACACGGGCGAGAGGAGUUUCGUCUGUUCCAUCUGUCAAAAGGCGUAUAAACAGAAGAAGUCGUUGAAGAAACAUAUGACUGCGCACGGGCCGGUUGCGCAGGGGUUUACCUGUGACAAGUGCGGGAGUGGGUUUCUUAAUAGGAACGAUUAUAAUGCGCACGUUAAGGAAUGUUGA